AUGUGUUGGUUCGCAGCAGCGUUAGCUCCAAGUAAGGUGACUCCUUUUACUCUCCUCGCAGGAAUUAGGGGUAUUUCAGAAGAGACAACCACUGGAGUUCACAACCUGUACAAGAUGAAGGCCAAUGGGACCCUGAAGGUGCCGGCUAUCAACGUUAACGACUCUGUCACCAAGAGCAAGUUUGAUAACCUGUAUGGCUGCAGAGAGUCCCUCAUCGAUGGCAUCAAACGUGCUACAGAUGUCAUGAUUGCUGGGAAAGUAGCAGUCGUGGCAGGUUACGGUGAUGUGGGCAAAGGCUGCGCCCAGGCCCUGCGGAGCUUUGGAGCCAGAGUCAUCAUCACUGAGAUCGAUCCCAUCAACGCGCUGCAGGCAGCCAUGGAAGGUUAUGAAGUUACAACCAUGGAGGAGGCCUGCAAAGAAGGCAAUAUCUUUGUUACCACCACUGGCUGCACUGACAUUGUUCAGGGCAGGCACUUUGAGCAGAUGAAGGAUGAUGCCAUAGUGUGUAAUAUUGGCCAUUUUGAUGUGGAGGUUGAUGCAAAGUGGCUGAAUGAAAACGCAGUAGAGGCGGUGAACGUUAAACCUCAGGUGGAUCGCUAUACGCUGAGGAACGGCCGUCAUAUCAUCCUGCUCGCGGAGGGUCGGCUGGUCAACCUGGGCUGUGCCAUGGGUCACCCGAGCUUUGUCAUGAGCAACUCCUUCACCAACCAGGUGCUGGCACAGAUCGAGCUGUGGACCCACAGUGACAAAUACUCUGUCGGAGUCCAUUUCCUGCCAAAGAAGCUGGAUGAAGCUGUGGCUGCUGCUCAUCUGGAUAAACUGUGUGUGAAGCUGACCAAGCUGAGUGACAAGCAGGCCAAAUACCUAGGCUUAUCAAGAGAUGGGCCAUUCAAGCCAGACCACUACAGAUACUGAGCAGGUGGCACUACCCAAAGACCAAAGUGCAGGGAUACAACCUUCCAAAGCUCUUGUGUGUGCUGGGCUUCUGAGAACAAGCCCUUUGCCAUAGUCCUCUCCGUGCUGCAGAACCCCUCCCCUUACCAAGCGAGCUUGAGAGCCUUGUUUGUUCAAGAGGGUUGCUCUGGCUCUUGGAAUUAGAAUUGGUUACUUAGGUAAUGUCA